CUUCAACAUUACGUACUUCGUACUGCGACACCAAAACCACAAACGCCCGAUUUCAAUAAGACCUAAGCAACGAGAGGGAACAGUAAGAAGAGGAAGAAAAGUAAAGAAUAGACAGACAAGGAUAGGCAAAGAACUAUCGCAGCCAUGCCGACCGAACGAGAAUUCCAAAUCGCACCCAUCGUGCCCGAGUCCAUCAUAAACAACUCUAGGACUCUAUCCAACCUCCAGACCCUCACCGCAUCAAUCUUCGGCGCCGCAGCCGGCAUCCUCGGCCUCGAAUCCUACAACGGCUUUCUGUUCUACUUCAUCUUCACAAUCCUCACCACCGUCCUCUUCUACACGAUCCGCGUCGCACCUACGUCGUUAAAGGCAGGCCAUGGCCUCUUCGACACGAGCAGAUAUUUCCGUACCCAGUUUGAAUUCUGGACGGGCGGUCUCUUUAGCGGGCUUGCGGGAUACAUAUUGACGUGGACGCUGUUUUACGGUCUGGUAAGAGCAUAGCAGCAAUAAGAUGAUUCGGUUAUGUUUCCGCGAGCAUUGGUUGGCGUUUAGUAGUACGAUACAACUACGUAUGAAAAUUCGUGGUGUAUUAACCUGAGGCAAAGGAU